AUGGAAUGUUUUGGGACUCGUCUUGUGCUGCUUCAUGCCUUCCUCUUGCUCUUUUCUGUGCAAGUACGCUCUGAUGAAGAGCAAGACCUACUACAAGGAAUCAACAGUUUCAGGACUUCAGCCAAAGCUCCGGCACUCUUGAAGAACGACAAGGCCGACUGCGUGGCUGAUGAGAUAGCAGACAAAAUGAAGGACAAGAGCUGCACGUCCAGCACGGGGGCGACCAUGCAGUCGCAGCUCAUGUCGGACUACCCGGCCGUGCUGAGCAAGUGCAAGGUAGACGUGAACACGACAACGGAGGGGAUGAUCCUGCCGGUGUGCGUGCCUAAACGGACAGCGACGCUGGUCCUAACAAACUACACGCAGUCUCAGAACGCAAAGUACUUGAACGACUCCAAGUUCACCGGGGCAGGAAUAGGGACGGAGGACGAUUGGACUGUCUUGGUGCUGACCACGAACACUCAUGGAGGUAGCUUUGCCAGCACAGCUUAUCGUUGUGUAACUCGUUAUUAUGGCCUGUGUAUUCUCUUUUUACUUUCUCUGGCUUGUGUGUAUUAA